UGGGUUGCCAACUCUUUGAGCCCCCAGGAAAUCAGAGACAGAAUGUUGGACAAAAAUUCGACCUUCCGUACUGAGAUGAUCCAAUAUUUAGAAGGAGUUCACCAAGGUGAAUUUAUAGAUCAAACGAAAGAAGAAGUUAAUAAUGAAGUAAGUUAUGCGGCAUCUCAUCCAACAUAUAAAGAUCCCACUGAAACCCUACCUGAUCCACCACCCUACCCCUGUGAUCAUCCUUUUGCAGAGUCUUGUAAUGUGUGUGUGUCUAGUAAAUCAUGGUGGUCUAAAUUUAAAGAUACAGUCAAUGAUCUAUUGCUCAAAUCCAAUAUUCAUCGAGAAUGUGAUGAUCGGUGUUUGGUUAAAGGAGUGUGCAAAGCUAGGUUCCCUAGACCACUAAUAAACGAAACACAUGUAGAUGAAAACACAGGAUACAUUGAAAUGCAGAAAAAAGAAUCAAUGAUCAAUACUUUUACUCCAGCUUUAACAUACCUACUAAGAUCUAACUCAGAUGUCACUAGUUUGUUAUCUGGCACAGCCCUUAAAGCCGUUGUGGCAUAUGUAACAGAUUAUAUAACUAAAACCCCUUUAAAGACUUACACUAUAUUUCAGACAAUAAGAGAUGUGUUUGAUAGGCAAUCCUCUAUACUGGGAGGCGAUCUCAGAGAUCAAGAGAAAGCUCGUAAAUUACUGACUCAAAUAGUCAACUCCUUGACUGUGAAAAUGGAGAUUGGAGCACCCAUGGCAUCUGCUUACUUACUAGGUAAUCCAGACCACUACACCAGUCAUAAAUUUAAAACUGUAUUUUGGAAAUCAUAUGUGGGGGAAGUUCUUCAGUGCUGGGAUGAACCAUCAGGAGUAGACUCACCUGAUUUGAAAUCAGUGGCAAAGAGCAAAGUCAUGGUCCGCAAAACUAAAGAUGGAUAUACACCAUACAGUGUGGUUAUGGACUAUACUCAUCGGUCAAGAGAAUAUGAAGAUAUCAAUUUAUAUGACUGGAUUAGAUUAUCACGAAAGAAAACAAUUCCAAAAACAACAGACAAAGAUAAAGAAAUACCUGAUAACACUGAUGAUGAUGCAUCACUUUCUGGAUCUGAUGAAGAUCCUACUAUAGAUAAUAGAGAAGCUGAAGGUAAAAAGAACAAAAAAACCGAUCCAUAUGAAUUAACAUUUAUCAAUGACCAUCCUCAGCGUAACAAACACUAUAUCAUGUUAGUGAAAGAAGGGUUUGGUGUAGUGCCUAACUUCAUUGGAGGAUCUCUACCUAGACGUGAUGAAGGAGAUCGGGAAUUUUACUGCACUACAAUGAUGACUCUAUUUCAUCCUUGGCGGACAGGUUUGGAUCUAAAAUCAAAGGACCAAACAUGGGACGAUGUGUUUCAUGCUCACAACUUCACAGCACGUCAAGAACAGUUAAUGUCAUACUUCAAUAUUCAAUAUGAAUGCUAUGAUGCCAGGGAUGAUUACGCUAGACAAAAAAAAGGGAAAAAUAAGGCUAUACCAGGGUUACCGAAUAUCUCGGGAGAUGAACUUGAUGAAAGACAUAACCUGAAUGAUGACCACUCUUACUCUGGAUUACAUGAUGACCCUCAAGUCCAUAAUGCUGCUGAAUUUGAAAAAGUUGGAAAUAGUACAAUAAAAAGAAUACAUCAAAUGGAAGAAAUGGAGAAGAUACUAAAUGGCGCGGGAUGGUUAGAAAAAUGUCCCGAACAAAUCACAAUUGAUACGCCGUCGGGAUCGAACUCCAUUGAAUAUAAAAGUAAACAACAGUGGACAGAGCUUAUUCAAAAUAAAAAGACUUCCAUACUAGAAGAAAAGGAAAAACAUCGUCAAAGUAAAGACUCAAAUGAUAAUGCCCAAAACAAGAUCAAAACAAAAUGGAAUGAAGUAAAAAUAGUCGAUCAAUCCUAUCUGUUGAAAGAAUACUUCAAGUCAAGACCAAAUGUAGCGAAAUUGCAAUCAAGAGUCGUUAAAGAAUUUUCAUUGCGUCCAGAUCAAGCAAGGGCAUUCCAUAUAAUUGCGAACCAUGCCAGUGAA